AUGCGGCACCCGUUUAUAACCGGGGAGCCGUUCCGCGGGCCUUACCAGCCGGCCGCGGACGCCCCGCCCGCGCCGGCGCCGGCGGCGGGGCCGGCGCAGGGGGCGCACCACCACCACCACCAUCACCAGCAUCACCACGGCAGCAGCAGCGGCGGCAGCGGCGCGGCCGCUGUCCAGGCGGCGGGCGCGGGCGGCGCGUCGGCGCGCACUGGCCCGGUGCCCGUCCAGCGGCCGCGCCAGGUCAGCGUGCCCCAGCACCAGCAACAGGUGCUGCAGCAGCCCCACCACCACGCCGCGCCCCAGCCGGGCCACCUCGCGCCGCCGCAGCUCGCGGCCCCACCCAGCUCGUUCCCUGGCGGCCCCCUGCUGGGCGGCUCCUGGAGCGCAGGCCCAGGCGCCCCCGGCGGCGCCGGCGAGACCCACGCCGCCGCCGCCGCGCCGCAGCUGUCGCCGGCCGCUGCGCAGGCGGCGCACGCGCGCGCGCACGCUAUCGCGAUGGCGGCACUGCAGCAGCUGAGCCCACAGUUUGGGAGCCUAGGGGCUCGGGGGCCUGGCAGCUUCGGAGCCAUGCCUUCCGCGGCCGCGCUGCUGGGCACGAGCUACAGUGUCGGCCCCGGCGCAGCCGCCGCUGCGGCCGCCCACGCCGCGGCCGCGCAGGCCGCUGUGCACGCGCAGGCGCAGGCCGCGCAGGCGGCGCAGGGCCCCGCGGCGGCGAGCCCGGCGGCGGCAGCGCAGCAGCGGCCGGGGCUGCCGCGGGUGGGCAGCGGGGGCGGCGACGCCCAGGGCGGGCUGGCUGCGGCGGGGCUGGCGGUCGGCAGCUUCCAGCAGCAGCACCAACAACUGCAGCAGUUCUUGUUGGCUCAGGCGCAGGCCCAAGCGCAAGCUCAGGCGCAGGUCCACGCGCAGGCGAGCCUCACUGGCGCAAGCCCCGCCCGCUGGGGCAGCGUUGGCGGCGGCGGCGGCGCCGCAGCUGCCGUCGGGCCUGGCAGCGCCACGAGCGGGCGCGCCAGCAGCGGCGGCACGCGCACCGCCGGCGCGUCGCCGCUGCCCGCCAGCCUUGGCAGCGGCCAGGGCUUCGCAGUUCCCGGCCCCCUCUUUGCCGGCGCCAGCCCCGCAGCGCACCUCAGCAGCAUGGCGGCCGCCAUGGCGGCUGUGAGCGUCCACAGGCAGCAACAACGCGCGCAGCACCAACAGCAGGCGGCGGCGGCGGCCGCCGCCGCCGUCGCGGGCAGUGUGGGCGCGGAUGCGUUCCCGGGCGCCCAUUCUUGGGCCCAGCAGUCGCCGGCGGCGCUGCAGCAGCGCGUGCGGCAGGCGAUGGACGCCGCAGCGGCGGCGAUGGGGCAGGCGUCAGGCCCGCAGCCGCAGCCCAGCGCGGCCGCGGCGGCUGCGGCGGCAUUUGGCUAUGGCGGCGCGGGUGGCGCGGCGGCGGCGAUGCAGGCGGCCGCCAGCGCUGGGGGCUUUCCCCAGCUCGGGCAGUCUCUGGGACCUGGCGCCUCCCUGCUUCUGAGCAUGAGCUUUCAACAGCAGCAGCAGCAGAGGUACAUGCAACAGCAACAGCAGCAGCUGCAAGCGCAGCAGGCGGCCGUAGCCGCCGCCCAGCUGCAGCAGCAACAGCAGCAGGCGGCAGCGGCCGCCGCCGCAGCGGCCGCAGCGCAGGCCCACCCGCCUCUGGCCCCGGCUGUCGUCGGCGGCGCCGUGCCUAUGGCGCUGUCUGGCGGGUCCGGGGACACGGCCGGCGGGGACGGCGGCAGCACGGCGCGCUCUCAGCCGGGCUACGACGGCGCCGGCAUGAUGCAGGACGAGCCCGCGUCCGCCCCCAGCCCCGGGGACUGGGACCCGCUGUACUCUGACGACCAGCUGCUGGACGAGGAGCGCGGCCAGCAGCAGGCCGCAGCGGCAGCGGCAGCGGCGGCGGCGGCGGCGGCGGCGGCCCAGUUGGUGCAGCAACAGCAGGCGCAGCAGCAGCAGCAGCAGCAGCAGCAGCAGCAGCAGCAGCAUCAGCACCAACAGCAGCAGCAGCAGCAGCAGCAGCAGCAGGCGCAGCAGCAGCAGCUGCUCCUUCUCUUGCAGCAGCAACAGCAGCAGGCGCAGGCGCAGGCGCAGCAGCAGGCGGUGCAGCAGCAGCAGCAGCAGCAGCAGCAGCAGCAGCAGCAGCAGCAGGCGCUGCUGCAGCAGCAAGCGCUGCAGCAGCAGCUGGCGCUGCAGGCGGCUGCCGCAAUGCAGCAGCAGCAGCAGCAGCAACGGCAGCAGCAGCGCGCUGCAACUCAGCGCAGCAGUGGCGGCGAUGCGCUCGGCGGCUUCAUUGCAGGCGCGGCUCAGGGCCGCAGCGACGCGGGCGUGCCGGCGGGCGGCGAGGCGGGGCGCUUCAUCCCCAUUGUGGCUGACCGCGCGCAGGCGCCCUCUGAUGCCGCCAUGCCCGAGGACGCUGAGCUGGCGCUGACACUGGGACCCAACUGGUCGUACCGCCCCGCCCCCGCCGCGCCCCUCGCGUUUGGCGCGGCCGGCAGCAGCGGCGGCAGCGGCAUCGCUGCAGCAUCUGGCGCCCUGUUUGAGCUCGGCAGCUUCGGCGUCGGUGGCGCCGGCAGCUGCCUGGCCUCCGCGGGCGACCAGGGGGAGGUCCUGGUCUGGCGCCCCGCGCCCCCCGGCGCUGCGCCGCCGCCGCGCGCGUUCGGCGAGGCGCCGCCCCCGCCCCCGCCCCCGCCCGCCGGCGACGCCGACGCGGACGGCGGCGCCGAGGGGCCGGCGUGGCGGGCGGUCGGGGCGCUGAAGGGGCACCACGAUGACGUCAUGGACGUGGCAUGGUCGCCCGAUGGCGCGGCGCUGAUGAGCGGAUGCGUCAUGAAUGAAGUCCUGGUGUUUGACGUUGACUCGAGGAAGCAAGUGGUGCGCCUGGAGGGGCACCGCCACUACGUACAGGGCGUGGCCUGGGACCCCCUGGGGCGCUUCACAGUCAGCCUCUCCGCCGACCGCACGGCCCGCGUCCACGCGCCGAGGCCGCCGCCCGCGGCCGGCAAGAAGGCCCAGCAGCAGCAGCUGCAGCAGCUGCAGCGCGGCCCCGCACCGUGCAGCGCCACCGCGCGCGACCUCGCGCACGUCUGCUCCAUCGCGAAGCGCGCGCUGCCGCCCGCGCGGCCGCGCGGCGGCGAAGGAGACGUCGCGGCGGCGCGCGACCAGCAGCAGCAGCAGCAGCAGCAACAGCAGCAACAACCCAGCGAGCAGCAGCACGGCGAGGGCGGCGGCGGCGAUGGCGGCGGCGGCGCCGGCAGCGGGGCGGCGGAGCCGGGGGAGGCGGGGGCCGACGCCGCAGGCGCGGCGGCGGGCGCGGCGGCGCCGCUGGCGCCCAAGGCGGCGGCCCCCCAGCAGCAGCACCUGUUCCAGGACGAGUCCCUCUCAACAUUCUUCAGGCGCAUGGGCUGGUCGCCUGACGGCUCCCUCCUUGCCAUGCCGACCGGCGUGCUGCGCGCCGACGCAGAGGCGCCCCCGCAGCUCACCACCUUCCUCUUUGCGCGCGGCGAGUGGUCAUCGCCCCUGGCCCACCUGCCGGCCCCUGGCAAGGCGCCCGUAGUGGCGCGCUUCUGCCCGCUGCUGUUUGAGCUCCACCCCGGGUCCUCCGGCGCCGGCGCGGCUCCGGCCAAUGGGCCCGACCCCUCGGAUGGGCCCGCCGUCAGCGGCGGCGCGCGGGGCCGGCCGGAGACCCCCGGCGGCGGCGGGGUUGGCGGGGCGACGGCUGGCGUCAACCCCCUGGGUCUGCCGUACCGGAUGGUGCUGGCGGUGGCGACACUGGACAGCACACUGGCGCCCUUCCUGGUGCUGGGGCCCCUCCACUACUCGGCGAUCACCGAUCUGGCCUGGUCCAAGGACGGCUCCUUCCUCGUGGCCACCUCCACAGAUGGAUACUGCAGCGCGGCGCACUUUGCAGAGGGCGAGCUGGGCGCGCGCCUGCCCUCGGACCGCCUGCCCACGGGCAUGGCCGCGGCCGCGGCGCGGGCGGCGGAGGCGGCUUCGGCGGCGGCGGUGGCGGCGGCGGUGGGCGGGCCGAGCCCGGUGCGCGUGGCGGCAAGGCCCUCGCAACAGCAGCAGCAGCAGCAGCAGCAGCAGCAGCAGCAGCAGCAGCAGCAGGUCGCCGUCGCAGGGGCGCCGGUUUCAGCCGCAGGGGCGGCGGCAGGGGGGCAAGGGCGGCGCAUCACCCCACAGGCUGUGGGUGCAGCCCCGGCGGUGCAGCAACAGCCAGCCCAGCCAGCCUUUGGCGCACUGGGGCAGCCGCAGCAGCAGCAGCAGCAGCAGCAGCAGCAACAACAGCAACAGCAGGCGGGCGCCUCUGGCCCGGGACGCCGUAUCACCCCGCAGCCGGCCGGGCCCAGCGCGCCGAGCAGCGCUCCAGCGGCGCCGGCCGCGCCCGCCGCGGCGGCAGCAAACGUCAGGGGGGCGCCCGGGCGGAGAAUUUCACCCGUGGCGGUGGACGCCGCAGCUGCGCCUGGGCCCCCGCCAGCGCCGCCGGCGCAACCCCCUGCAUCGGCUGCGCCAGCCGCACCAGCGGAAGCCGGCGUGCCCAACGGUCCGCGCCGCAUCCAGCCGCAGCGCGUUGCGGCGGCAGAGGCGGCACCGGCCACCAGCAGCGGCGCGGACCAGGCCGGCCUUGCGGGGGCCAGCGGCGGUGGCGGCGGCGGCAGCGGGGCGUCGAGCAUUGCGAUGUUCGCGGCUCAGGCCGGGCGGCUGGCGGCGAUGAAGCGGAAGCAGCAGCAGCCGGCCUCCGCGGGCGCCGGCGCCGGGGGCGAUGCUUGUGAAGCGGCGGAUCGGGAUGCGGUUGUGAACAGCCUGAUGCAAGUGCAGGUCCUCAACCCCGCCACCGGCGCGCCCAUCGCGACGCUGCCCAAGAUGAAAGCCGGCGAGACGCUGGCCGCCAUCGCGGCGGCCGCCACCGUCUACCCCUCGUGGUCCGCUCUGACGGCCAAGCAGCGCGGCGCGGUGCUCAGGCGGUGA